GACAUUGCUACCUUUGCUAAAAAUAGGAUCCAUAGCACUUCCAACCAGAGCAAAGCUAUUGUAAAGAAAAAAGCAAUCUAACGUCCUUGUUUUGGAAUUAUUUUGAUAUUGUUUGCGAUUUUACCCUCUCUUAAAAUUGCGCAUAGGUUUUUGUGAGGUUUUUGGUGAAUUCUUUAUCGAUUGGACUAAAAUUUUGGAACAUUACCCCGUUGCUUUAACGGUUUAAAUUGGUAUAAAAUAAAGCUCAAGCGUCUAUUGAAAACGUAGUCUGUUCGAUUAGGUUGGUAAUAAAAAUAGAGUGAGUUAGGAAAGACAAUGGACUUCUUCAAACUCAGCGUGAAACGAAGAAGUAGUUUGCCUUUUAUUAUUGGAACAAUUGCAAUUGCUUUAUUUACGGAUCUUUUCCUCUAUGGUGUCAUUACUCCUAUCCUUCCCUUUUCUCUGGUAGAUCGAGUCGGCGUUCCUCCAGAAAGAGUUCAGACUGUCAUCAGUACAUUGCUUUCUGUUUAUGCUGUUGCAAAUAUUACAGCAAGCUCUCCCAUCGGGUACCUUGCUGAUAAGUUUUUAACAAGGAAAAUGCCUAUGCUAAUUGGGCUCUUGUUUCUGACAUCUGCAACAGGUCUACUCACAAUAGGUACGAACGUUCCUAUGCUGAUUAUAGCACGCAUUCUUCAAGGAUUAUCUGCGGCAGUCGUUUGGACAGUGGGCUUGGCUUUGUUGGUCGAUGUGGUUGGACCAGAGCACGUUGGAUCAACGAUGGGUGGUAUCUUUGGAUUUAUUUCUCUUGGUGAAAUUAUCGCCCCUGUCUUUGGAGGGAUUGUAUACGAGUCUAUGGGUUACUAUGCCUCCUUCGGUAUGUGCUUUAUUAUUUUAUUUAUCGAUAUUGUCCUUCGGGUUCUUAUGAUUGAGCCAAGAGAAGCAAAGAAACUUUUACCUGAUGACCCUGAAAGCCAACCAAUCUUACGUCCUAGAGAUGAUCCAUUAACAUCUAACAGCGUUUCCUCAAAUCCAAUCAUGAAAAUUUUUUGUUUACCUAUUUAUAAACUUAUAUCUCACCGUCAACUUAUUGGUCCUUUUUUCACAAGUUUUGUAAAUUCAUCUUUGUUUGCUUCUUUUGAUGCUACAGUUCCCUUGGAGCUGCAGAAGAUUUUUGGCUUCAAUUCUCUCCAAUGUGGUUUAAUGUUUGGUGUUUUAAGUACUCCAUACUUUUUCUGCGGAGCUUGGGCCGGUGCUAUGGUAGACCGUAAAGGCUCUCGCACCAUCGGUACGUAUGCCUACGCUGUCCUAGGCUCUACUUUACUUCUUUUGUGUGUGCCUAGAUCAUACUCGACUUUUAACGUAUACAUGUUUGGUAUUUUCUUGGCUUUAAAUGGGGUUGUCUUGUCUUUCACAUCCUCCCCUGGAUUUGUCCAGUCCUCCCGCUAUGUUGCAGAAUACGAACUGGAACACCCUACUUUCUUUGGGCAUAAUGGCCCCUACACACAGCUCUUUAGUGCUUACAACAUUGUUUACUCGCUUGGUAUGUUUAGCGGUCCCGUGCUCGCUGGAUUUCUUCGAGAUCGCUUUGGGUUUGUUGCUUCAACUACGUCCAUGUCGGUGCUAUGUUUCAGUGCUAGCCUUGUAGCAUGGUAUUGCUUUAGCGAUCGUGAUGAAACAGAAGAAUCCGUUCAAUCUUAAGUUUGAAAAUGAUUCUGUUCUUUUCAUUAUGUAAGGUGAGAAUUUUUUGAUUGUCGAAAGGAAAAAUCUAUAACACACUGACUUUAGUGCUUUCAAAAAUUUGUUAAUUAUAAAAACGUUGAAUACUGGCUUCCCUUGAAAAGUUAUACUCAUUUAUUUAUUUAUUAUACUGCUUGCUUGGGUUUAUAAUUGCUGUAAUUGAACGAUUUUACGGUGCUGAAAAAUAAGGGUCGGUCUCACUAUAUCCGCCUAUUUGGUUUUAAUGUGUGUUGUGUGUUACAAUUAGUAAGUAUUGGAACUUUGAUGUGACACAAGACCAUUUAUUUGUGAAGUUGUAUCACAGAAAAACUAUAACUGGUUUUUAUAAGAGGUUGUAAAGCGCUUAUAUUCCGUUGCAGGUACAUAAUGUAAUUAAUUUUAGAUAUUUAU